AUAUUCUUUUCCUUCUUUUUGCUGUAGACUUCCAAGCAAAUCUCUUCCCCAAACUAUUGAAACAAAGAUGGGUGCGAGUAUCCUUGCCUCUCUCGUAGAUGCAGCUCUGUCGAAGGUGAUGGCUGUUGCUUCUGAUCAGUUCACCUCUCUCGUAGAUGCAGUUGCGUCGACGAUGACUCCUUCUGCUUCUGAUCAGUUCAAUUUAGCAGUGGGAUGGAACAAUGACCUGACGGAGUUUCGUGAUAAAAUGAAGACGCUCCGAGGUUUCUUGCAAGAUGCUAAUGAAAAGAACGUCAGUGGCCACCUUGCUCUGAAGAAGUGGCUCCAGGAUCUUCGAGAUAUUGCAGAUGAGGCUGAUGAUAUACUGGAGGAGGUCGCUUAUGAAGGUAUGCAGCGGGAAGUUCAGAAAUCAAAGGUCAGGCGCUCUACUUUUCUUCACCCCUCGCCCUGGCUAUUUCGCCAGAAAAUGGCUAAUAGAGUUGCGAAUUUGAAUAAAAGACUUGCUGAUAUCCAUCUCUCGGCUGCUCAGUUGGGAUUGCAAACCAAACUUGCAAACGUGGUUCCUGAACCCAGAGGCAGGGCAGGCCGAGAGACCCACUCUUUUCUUUCAUCUCAAGUUUUUGGAAGAGACGAAGAUGUCUCUAAAAUAGUCAGCUUCUUGGUUGACUCAAGUAGUCAGCAUGACCUCCCUGUCAUGAUUAUAGUGGGUAUGGCCGGCCUUGGCAAAACCACUAUAGCAAAAGCAGUGCUUAAAAAUGAUAAAAUACGUGAACAUUUUGGUGAUAAUAAAAUGUGGGUUUGUGUGUCUGAAAAUUUUGAUGUCAAAAUGAUUUUAAUGGAGAUGUUGAAGUCUUGUGGUGGAAGUAGUAGUGGUGAUGGUGAUUUUGGAAGCAAAGAUAUAGUGAUGAAGAAAAUACAAGAGAAGUUGGGGGAGAAAAAUUAUCUUCUCAUACUAGAUGAUGUCUGGAAUGAGGAGAGACAGAAGUGGGAGGAUUUAAGGGAUUGCUUGUUGGGAAUAAGUGGAAGUAACGGGAGUAGGGGUAAGGUGCUUGUAACAACCCGGCUUGAAGAUGUUGCAUCACUAAUGGCACUCCCUGAUGGACACAUCCAUCGUCCUCGGCAAUUAAAUGAAGAUGAGUGCUGGAGUAUAAUCAAGCAGAGAGCAUUUGGAGACAAUUCAGUAACUGAGGGGUUAGAGGGAAUUGGAAAACAGAUUGCUAAAAGGUGUAAAGGCAUUCCACUAGUUGCAAGUAUUAUAGGGGCUAUUUUGCAGAAAAAGAGGGACAAAAGGGAGUGGCAGGCAAUUACAGAGAAUUGUGUUUGGGAUUCACUGGAAAAGCAGGAGGGGAUCUUGGAUAUUGUAAAAUUCAGCUAUGAUCGCUUGCCCACACUGGCUUUGAGGCAAUGUUUUGCAUUUUGUUCCAUUUUUCCAAAGGAUUUUGUCAUGGAAAGGGAGAUGCUAAUUCAACUUUGGAUGGCUCAAGGAUUUCUUGAAUCACCUGAAGAAAUUAGUAAUAUGGCAGCGGAAGAUAUUGGUGACAAGUAUUUCAGAUAUUUGUUAUCAUAUUCCCUAUUUCAGGAGGAAUGGAGGGAUAAUGUAACAGGGAGUGUUAUAUGUUGUAAGAUGCAUGAUUUGAUUCAUGAUUUUGCUCAGUCAAUUUCAAAAUCUGAGACGCUAAUUGUUGAGGGGCAGCCUGGGAGCAGUAUUUGUCAUGAUGUUAGGCAUUUGAAUCUAAUUGAUGGGAGGGAAAUGGUGCCAUCUAUUUUAGAAGAUGUUGCUAAAAAGUUGCAGACAUUGUUUUCCAAGCAUAGUUUUUCUAAUGGUGUGCAAGUGGAUCUUAUGAGGUUACGAGUUCUCAGCCUUGAAGAUGCUUGUGAUGCACUUGAAGAUGCUUGUGAUGCAAAACAAUUGCCGAUGUGCUUUGGCAACUUGAAGAGGUUGAGGUACUUGGACAUUUCAGGAACUCAAAUAGAAGAACUGCCGGAAUUCGUCUUCGAGUUGUACAAUCUACAAACAUUUAGAUUCAUGGAGUGCAGAUCUCUUAAAAUACCCCCAAGAGGAAUAGGAGAUUUAAUCAACUUGAAGCAUAUUUAUUUCAGUGAUGAAGAGCGUAUGCCUGCAGACCUUGGGAGACUAACCAACCUACAAACAUUGCCAUUGUUUUUUGUAGGUACAAUAGAAGGACGUAAAGUUGAAGAAUUGGGAAGCUUAAGCGAACUCAAAGGAGCACUAAAUAUCUUUAAGCUUGAGCUUGUUACUGGCAAAUCGGAAGCGGAGGCAGCAAAGUUAAAAGAGAAGGCAAUCAAGGAUUUGGAAUUUCAAUGGUCGGGAGGUGAAGGCAAUCAAGAUAAAGAUGAAGAUGUCUUAGAAGGCCUCCAACCCCACUCAAAUAUAAGAAGAUUACGUAUUGCUGGCUAUGGAGGUAGAAAGUUGGCAUCAUGGAUGUUGUCACUCAACAAUUUGGUGGUUCUGACAAUUGUCAAUUGCAAGAUGCUUCACAGAAUUCCAGAUAUUAGUGGGCUUCUACCUCUUCAGCGGCUCCAUGUUCACAAUUGUGAUGAAGUAACUAGUUUGGGUGAUGGUGAUGGAGCAUUUACGUCUCUCAAACAAUUAUCCAUAUACAAUUGUGGUAAGUUAGAGGGAGCUUUGGUUAGUGGAUUAUCAUCUCUGAAGAAACUCAGCAUUGUAGAUUGUAGUGUGAUAAAUAGCAUAGGAGAUUGCCUAUCAAGCUCCACGUGUCUCAAAAAAUUAUGUCUGCAAAGUGUUCCUAAAUUGAAGUUUAUUCCAAGUCUAGAAGGACUUGUCUCUCUCAAAACAAUAAAUGUCGAUGGUUGUGAUGAAUUAGAGCGUCUACCGAGUGGGCUCUCAUCUUGCACUGCUCUGGAGAAAUUGGAGAUAAGGAAAUGCUCUAAUUUGGUUUCUAGUCCUAAAGAAUUGAAACAGUUGCAGUAUCUUGUUGAGUUGGUUUUUGAAAAGUGUCCAAAAUUGAAGUUUAUUCCAAGGCUAGAAGGACUUGUCUCUCUCAAAACAGUAAAUGUUGAUGGUUGUGAUGAAUUAGAGCGUCUACCGAGUGGGCUCUCAUCUUGCACUGCUCUGGAGAAAUUGGAGAUAAGGAGGUGCUCUAAUUUGGUUUCUAUUCCUGAAGAAUUGAAACAGUUGCAGUCUCUUGUUGAGUUGGAAUUUUGGGGUUGUCCAAAAUUGAAGUUUAUUCCAAGUCUAGAAGGACUUGUCUCUCUCAAAACACUAGAUAUUAUCGAUUGUGAUGAAUUAGAACAUCUACCGAGUGGGCUCUCAUCUUGCACUGCUCUGGAGAAAUUGCAGAUAAGGAGAUGCCCUAAUUUGGUUUCUAUUCCUGAAGAAUUGAAACAGUUGCAGUCUCUUGUUGAGUUGUGUAUUCAGCAUUGUCCAAAAUUAAGGAGCUUCCCAAAGGAGAUCUUGGGCUCUCUUGCCAGCCUGAAGAAAUUAGAGCUUGGCCCUUUCUCAGAAGAGCUGAAGGAAUUCCCAGAUUUGAGUUCCACUUCCUCCCUUGAAGUCUUGCAUUUGGAAGGAUCGGGGGAAUCGCUAACUCUGCCACAUCAAAUUGAUUGCCUCACUGCUCUCAGGAACUUAUGGAUCCAAAGCUUCAACGGAGUGGAAAAAGCUUUAUUGGGAAACCUUUCUUGUCUUAAAAGCCUUACAAUUUGGAAUUGUACUCGGUUAACGUGUCUAUCAGGUGGGCUGUCAUCUGUUGAGGAGCUGUGGAUAGCAUAUUGCCCUAAUCUGGUCUCUUUCCAAGAAGAGUUGAAGGAAUUGCAUUCUCUAACCAUUCUAGGUUGUCCGAAAUUUGUGGGCUUCCUAGAGGGGAGUCUCGGCUGCUUUACUAGGUUGAAGAGAUUACGGAUCGGCCCUUUCUCAGAAGAGCUGGAAGAAUUCCCAAGUCUGAGUUCCAUCCCCGCCUCCCUUGAAGAUUUGACCUUGACGGGAUGGGAAAAACUAACUCACCUCCCACAAAUUCAACACAUCACUGCUCUAAAGAAGUUGAGUAUAAAGGACUUUGAUGGAAUGGAAUCUUUGCCAGACUGGUUUAACAACUUGUCCUCCCUUCAACAACUUUAUAUUUGGUUCUGCCCAAACAAGUUAAAGGAAAGAUGCACCAAGGGAAGCGGUCUUGACUGGGACAAGAUUUCUCACAUUCCACACAUCACAAUAAGUGGGGAGACCAUCCAAUUCCAAUCCGAAGACUGAGGCAAAGAGAUGUGAUUAAUUAUGAGUGAAUAAUCAAUGAGUAGAUGGAAUGAUGAUUUCUGGAAUUCUGAAUUGAAAUCCUACAAGCUUCAACGUUGUGGAGGAGAGGAAGGAAAGCAGCAGUGUUUGCCAAGCCAAAGACAAUUCUGUCUGUUCUUCAAGGGGCUCAGCUUUAUUUAGUUAAGAUUUGGGAGGAUAUUCAAUGUCAUUUCUUAAUUGCUUUGCUAAUUCUUUGAAAACCAACCAAUUCACGGGAUUGACGUGGAUGAUGUUCAAGGUCCCUCUGUAAGAACAUGUCACCUGAUUUGAGCUAAAUUGGCAUAGGUUUGCCCGCAUUUCCUAUAAGGUUGUUUCAGCAGUGCAUGAGUUUGAUUCCAGUAUUUGGUCUCUUGUUUGUGCAUAACUGUCUUUUUCCAAAUUAUCACAACCCUUGGUCCUUCAAAAGAGGGAUCCCAAUGUAGCUUUGCAGCACCAACCAAACUAUUUUGCAUCUUGUAUUCAAGCUUCUGAAGAACCUGAGGUUUCGGUCAUAAAAUAAGAAUCUGAGGUAUCUUUUUAACUCGUUUUACAGAUAAACGGGUGGAUGGCAACAAUUAGAGUGCUGCUAAAAUUGCAAACAGUGGCAUCUUUGUUCGAUGUUAUGCUACCGACUCACACAAGCCACAAGUAGAAAGGAUUACAAGGUCACAAAUCACUUCUUGUCAUGUCCUUUUCCAGUCGUAGUCAUGAACACCUGUCUCCUAUUGUCUUGUCCAGAACAGAUAGAAAUACUUGUGUUUUGGAUAUUGAUUCAUAGAUAGCAUGAAAUGAAGGUGUUAAUUUUCAUGCUUUCUAAUAGACAAAUCCAAUAAAUUUUUGUUGCAACUUGUAUUAUAAUUCACCUU